AUGGAAGUCGUCCUGCCGCUGUCUUUCUUCACGGUGAAGGAGGAGCCAGAAGACUGGUUUAGUGAGGAAGAAAGGUUGCAGGAGCAGCUGCAGUCCCCAGUGUCUGUGUAUCUUGCUCCUCAUGAGGAAACUGAAAUUGAAGUGAAGAAUGAAGAGGAUCCUCUUGCCUUUGAAGAGAACACCUGUAAUGAGAUGGCAGAACAAGGUGAUUAUGUGGGGUCUCCAGGUGAGUAAAAUAAAUUAUAAUUUUUUGUUUUAUGUUUUGAACUGAUAUAU